AUGCGUAACUUUGUGAGGAUCCCGCUUUGCCGCCCCCCCUCCGGGAAGUACCUGAGCAAAAGCGCACACCUCGGGGGGAAGCAACCGUUCCGCUUUAACAGGGCGAACAUAAACACAGUGCGCAACUUCCUAGACGUCCUCGAAUUUGAAGAUGCGAAAGAAGACGAGACAGAGUACAGACGAAUCGAUGAUCUAAGCAAAUACGUUGAAGUUAUCAAAAUUAAGGAGAGCCCAAUUAACCAAAGUAAGUACUAUGGAUACAAUUUCGAAAAUGAAGAUAAUUUUUUUCACCCCAAUGGAGAAUUGAAAAAGUUACCUGAACAGGUCAUGCAAAGUGAAGGAGAACGAAUAAAGGAAUACAUACAUGUGCCUCCAUUCGUUUUAGCGAAAUUAUGCGAAUGUGCAUUUAGAGAAAUUUUAUUUUUUUUAAAUAAAAAACAUUUGAAGCAACUGAGUAACAUAUUGAAUGAUGAAGAAUCCAGUAAGAAUGACAAGUAUGUCGCCAUGACUUUAAUUAAGAAUGCCGUGAUUAGUGCUGAGCAGAACUUGCCUGGAUGCCAGGACACGGGGACGGCCAUCAUUUUGGGCAAAAAGGACGAGGAAAUAUUAACCACUUACGAGCACAAGUAUUUGAACUUGGGCGUUUACAAUGCCUAUCGCAACAAUAACUUUCGAUACAGCCAGCUGUCUCCCCUCAGCAUGUUCAGCGAGCAGAAUACAAAAAACAACUUGCCGUGCCAGAUCGAGAUUUACAGCUCCGUUCGCGGGGGGAAUGCCCCUUCUACUGCGUCUGCUUCGGUUGCGUCUGCUUCGGUUGCGUCUGCUUCGGUUGCGUCUGCUUCGGUUGCGUCUGCUCCUCCCACCGCGUCCUCCCCCAAGUACGAACUGAUCUUCAUCGCCAAGGGCGGCGGGAGCGCAAACAAGACCUUCCUGUUCCAGCAAACCAAAAGCAUCCUCAACGAAGACAAGCUGUACGACUUUCUCCUCGAAAAAAUUAAAGAAAUAGGAACCUCCGCGUGCCCACCAUACCACUUGGCAGUAGUCAUUGGAGGGUUGUCUGCUGAGAUGAAUUUAAAGAUGGUUAAGUUAGCAUCGUGCAGGUAUUUAGACAAUUUGAAGAAGGAGGGGGGUGCGUAUGGAAAGGCAUUCCGAGACACCAAGAGUGAGCAGAUUAUCUUGGAGAAGGCACAGGGGCUAGGUAUAGGUGCUCAGUUUGGGGGAAAGUACUUUGUGCAUGAUGUGAGAGUGAUCCGUCUGCCACGGCAUUCUGCUUCCUGUCCAAUUGGCAUUGGAGUCUCCUGCUCAGCCGAUAGGCAAAUAAAGUGCGUGAUUAAUCGACAGGGGGUAUUCAUGGAGGCGCUGGAGCAUGAGCCGAUUAAGUACCUCCCAGAAAUUACAUACAAGGAUUUGAAGCAGGCCGGGGGGGUCGCCCCGCACAUAGAGGAGGCUCACCCCGGAGAAAACAAAACAGGGGGAGGCCUCCCGGGGGAGGGAGGCGUCCCUAUCAACCUUAAUCAGCCCAUGGAAGGCAUCCUCAAAUGUCUAUCCAAACACCCCGUGUCGACCCUGCUACUCCUAACGGGCAAGUUAAUAGUCGCAAGAGACACAGCUCACAAAAGAAUAGUGGAUGAUUUUGUCCUGAACGGAAAACCAAUCCCAGAGUAUUUUAAAAAGUUCCCAAUAUACUAUGCAGGCCCAGCGAAAACUCCAGAUAAUUACGCUAGUGGAUCCUUUGGACCGACGACCGCUGGUCGUAUGGACGCCUAUGCUGAAGUACUUAUGAGCAAUGAUGCUUCUUUAAUUUCGCUAGCCAAAGGGAACAGGUCGUCUGUUGUACGGAACGCAUGCAGAAAGUAUCACGGGUUUUACUUGGGUAGUAUAGGUGGCCCCGGUGCCAUUUUGGCCAAAAACAAUAUUAAGAAAGUGGAGGUGAUUGAUUUUGCGGAGCUCGGGAUGGAGGCUGUGCACCUCAUCGACGUGGUCGACUUCCCGGCUUUCAUCGUCAUAGACGACAAGGGGAACGAUUUUUACAAGAAGUGGAUCCCCCUCUAG